ACACAUGUAUUCAGGGCUACGUGGAGAAGGGACACGCUCCUCGUGCCGUCAGGGCAGGGAGGAGAGCAGGCUGAGCAGCAGAAAUUAGUCACUUCAGUCCUGGUGAAAACACUAACACACCUCCUCUGGACUCGGCUACAGUUUGUAUGCGGCUCGCAGAGGUUUUUCUAAUCCUUACCGCUCUAAGAAAAAAAAAACUGCUGACAACAGUGCAGGAAACAUGGAAGACUUCUACACCAGUGAUGAUGCGGACAUCAGUUUCAACGAUACUUAUGAAUACGACUAUGAACACAGUGUCUGUGAGAAAGAAUCGGUGCGUUCUUUUGGCAGCGUCUUCCUCCCAAUCAUCUACACCCUGGCUCUGGUGGUGGGCCUGGCUGGGAAUGCCUUGGUGGUGGCGGUCUACACAUCCAAGUUGAGACUCCGGACCCUGACUGACAUGUGCAUCCUCAACUUGGCUAUCUCAGACCUGCUGCUGCUCUUCACCCUGCCGUUCUGGGCCGCCGACGCCAUCCAUGGCUGGAAGCUGGGCGUGGCUGCCUGCAAACUCAACUCCUUCCUCUAUAGCACCAACUUCAGUUGUGGCAUGCUACUGCUGGCAUGCAUCAGUGUGGAUCGCUAUCGGGCGGUGGCCCAAAACUCAGCAGGCAGAACUGGGACGGAUACCCGAGUCAGAAGGCAGUGGAUUUUGGUGUGUGUGACACUGUGGGCUUUAGCCAGCUUUUUUGGCCUUCCUGAACUCAUCUUCUCCACGGUAAAGACUUCCCAUCACAGGACCAGCUGCACAGCCAUCUACCCAACCAAUAUGGCCCGACCUGCAAAAGCUGCCCUGGAGUUGCUGGAAGUCAUCCUCCGCUUCCUUGUUCCCUUCCUGGUCAUGGUGGUCUGCUACUCAUGCAUAGGCCGGGCGCUAACUAAGGCUCCUGGGGUGCGCAGAGAACGGAAAUGGCGAGCGCUUCGGGUCCUCCUCGUCGUCGUGGCCGUGUUCCUGCUCACCCAGCUGCCCUACAACGUGGUCAAGCUAUGUCGAGCGAUGGACAUCAUCUACCACCUCGUCACGGACUGCGAAGUGAGCAAGCGCUUGGACCACGCUCGGCAGGUGACAGAGAGCCUGGCGCUCACCCACGCCUGCAUCAACCCCGUCCUCUAUGCCUUCAUCGGGUCUUCCUUCAGAGGACAUGUCCUGAAGGCUGCCAAGCACCUUGGACAGAGACUUGGAAGACACUCAAGGCAAGUCAACGAGGAGCCGGCGGUGGAGAUCGCACUCCACUCAGCGAGCCAGAACCAGUCUCAGUCUGGUUCGGAGGACCAGGACACCAGCACAUUCACUAUCUGAGACUUUAGCAUGUGCAGUGUUAGCCACCUUUACUGGCAAUCUUGGUCAAUAUGUAUUAAAAGCCUCAAAUUAAAUUCAUUUUUAUUGCAGUAGUAUAUUCUCAAACUAAAAUAAAUUGAGUAAAAAAUCUCUUGCUAAGAAAUAUUUAGGGCACAAUAAUUGAUACCCCCAAACUAUCAUUGCACAAACUAUCAUUGCCCAUAAAACAGGACUCAUACUAUGACAUUUUCACAGAGGUAGCACACAAUUCAAAUUAAAGCAAAGUUUACCAAACUCUGCACAUUUACCAUUUUGAUGGUAGGUAAUUGAGACUUAAUGGAUGAAUGUAACUGGACUAAUAGGUCAAUUUUUCUUAUUUUUCUAAAUUAGAACUUAACAUGUUUAAGAUCAUUAUGAUUUAUUUUUAGUUUUAUUUUUUGGCAUGCAACAAGUGCUCUCACACCUAAUGUGAGGGUUGGGCAUGAAAUACUUUAUUUUCAUAAAUUAAUUGGUUUUACAUUUUUAAAACAAUUAUUUUUCAUCCGAAUCAUUUAAAUGUAAAAUGUUAAACAGCCUGAAUUAAUAUACUUUUUAUUCAAAACCACCCCUAAAUGUCUUUUAGUCACAAACACCCGCAUAUUAUUUACAGAUAAGAAAAUCAAUGGGGGAACUUACAGUAUAAUAAUGUGUGUCGCCCUGAGGCACGUCAACAUGAGGCAGGAGGAAACUGGAAUCUAACCCAUAAUUUUCUGAUUGCAAGGCACUACAUUAACUAUUGAGUCACUCUGAAGACUUUGCUAAUCACUUCUUGAAGCCUAAUAUUAUCAUAUUAAAGUGCUUUAAAAGCCUUAAAAGCAGAAACCUUAUUCUUAAUUUUACAGCAUGUGAUUAUCCUACUGUAAUAAAAGAGGAAUUUGUUGAAGGCUUUUUACAGGUAUUUACCACAGGCACACCUACAAUUCUCUGAUACUAUAUGCCUAUUUACUUGAUAUAUAUAUAUAUAUAUAUAUAUAUUUACAUGCAAUAGCCGUCAUACAAGCUAGACAGGUGUAGCCGCACAUAACUUAAUGGCUAAAAAAUAUGUAAUAUAACGUUAAACGCACUAAGCUAUGUGUUUUGUAUAAAUUAUGUAUUUUCUUAAAUAAAAAACAAGGCCUCCAGCGACAUGCAUCUGUUACAAUUAAAUGCAGCUGAAUAACAAGUUGCUCAGGGGAACCGUUCAGAACAACUCCAAUCCAACUUUACAAUCAGCCCUGUCUUCCAAAAUCUCAUCUGCAUCGCAUUUCAUCACAUCCUGCGGCUUUGGGUUGAGAUGACGGAUGGCUCGGUUGCACAGUGGGUGACCCAUUGAGUCGAAAAACAUUUGGCAAGCAAAGACAGGAGAGCUCGCAGCAGGAAGGAUCCUUCCAUGCUAUUAGAGUAGUAAACAGCAAAGUCGCAUGUUCCUUAGAGGAGCUUAAAGCCUAACCGCUGUUUUUCAUCCACUUAUAUUUGUUUAUUUCUAUAAAAUAAAGUUUAAAGAGCAAAUGAUUUGCAGUGGAAAAGAACCUCCCACUAGAUCUCGCUUUUUUAUUUUUUUUGAUGCCACUAUGCACGAUAAUGCCAGACCAACCCUGAUACACUUCACAUCUUGGCUCAGAGUGCAGGGUUGCCAGAGUCCAAUGUUUAAUAGUUUGUUUAAGCCUCUGUGCUUGACAACAAAGAAGGUUGAGUUUGUCUUGGCAAAGCCUGGUCUUAAAAUCCACCUCAGACACGAUACAAUCUGUUUACUUUUUUGGCGUGUUUAGUAGCUAUCAGCCCACCUGAGUCAGCCUCUCUAAAUCCUUAAAGAACAUUGGUUCGUACAUCAAAGACAGAUGUCUAGCCUCUAAAUGUAUUUUUGCCAAACCUCAGCAGUGUAAAAAUGUAUAAAACAAAAUCUAUAGUAGAAAACCAUGUGAAGACGAGGUAUGGGACUUUGCAAAAGUAUUAUCACCUUCACAAAUUGUCCCACUGCAACCACAAAGUGAUGUAGAUUAGUGCAAGGGGGAAAAAAAAACAUUUUUUACAAAUGAAAAUCAGAAAAGCAAAGCAACCUCUCACUGUAAAAUCCUGUGCCGCUUUCAGGCGUCACCCAAUUAGUAAAUACAGUCAACCUGUGUGCGGUUUAAUCUCAGUAUAAAUGUGGCGUCUUCUGUGACGGCCUCAAAGGUUUCUCAGAGAACAUUAAGCAACAAACAGCAUCAUGAAGAGCAUACAUCAGAAGGGUCAGACGGAAAGCUGGUUUCAGAGCAGCAUCCCUAACUUUAAACAUGUCAAAGAGUUUAGUCCGUCAUUUGAAAAUGAAAAGUGACUGCAGCACAACUGCAAACCUAUCUAGAAAGGGACUGUCUGGAACAAAGCAGAGCAUUAUUCAGAGGAGAUGACAAGAAGCCUAUGGCUACUCUUGGCAACAGGCAUCAACAGUUCAGGCAGAAAAAAGCCUCUAGUGAUGAAAAGCCGCAAAACGUUCUGUUUUGAAGUUCACCAGAAUUAUGCCGGAAACCCAGCAAACGUGGAGGAACGUCAGAUUGCAUGAGGAACAGUGUUUUGCAUGUUAUUCCUUAGCAGGAUCACAAAGCUGGGAAGAGUCAGUAGGAGGAUGAACUGCCGGCUAUACUGGAAAAAGACCUGGUAGAAACUGCAAAAGGAGCAGAGACUUUUUUUUGCACUCAGCAGAACCACAAUCCUGUUGUUUACACUGAAGUGUUUGCAUGACCUACACUCAAAUCUAAAUUAAAAUGUGCCACAAGAUUUGAAAACUGAUGUUCGCAGGUGCUCUCCAUCCACUCUCACUAUUCUAGAGCAAUUUUACAAAGACUCAAUUGCAUCAAACAAAGUAUUCAAUUAUGCAGCAAAUAAUUGAAUACUUUGGGCAAAAAAGGGGGGCAAAAAACAAAAGCACGCAACACCUUUCAGAUAUUUUUGUUUAUUAUAAAAAAGUGAAAAACUACUAUGUGUAUUUUUAUUCUGUCACUAUUGUGUACUGAUCUACAAUAUAAAAUCCUAAUAAAAUACAAACUAAAACUGA